AUGUAUAGUGCAGGAAAUACAUCAUUUAAUCCUGUCUUACAGCAUACAUUGUAUAAUGCCACUUUGCCGCGAAAUGUUACCCUAGCUGAUCCUUCGUUUGAUAAACCUGGUCCAAUUGACCUAUUAAUUGGAGCAAAUGUAUUUUAUAAUAUAUUAUCCAAUCAACGAUUGAAGCUACAAAACGGUCUAGUUGCACAAUCCACAAGUCUUGGUUGGAUAAUUGCAGGAGGUGGGAAUGUACCUACUGAAUUGCAACCCAGGCCAAUAGCAUGUCAUUCAAUUGACCAACUGCAUCAACAAAUUACACAGUUUUGGCAAACUGAAGAGGGCAUGCUCACGCCAGCGGUAAGGAAAAACAGCAUCGAGGAACAACAAUGUGAAGACUUGUUCGAGAAAACUACAUUACGUGAUAUAGAUGGAAAAUACAUUGUGCGAUUACCAUUUCGUGAUGAUGUCAGAAAGCUCGGUCAGUCUAGAGCAAUGGCUACUCAACGCUUUUUGUCCAAUGAAAGGAAACGCGAGCGACAACCUAACAUCAAUGCCCAAUAUCAAAGGUUUAUCCAAGAGUACUAUGACAUGGGCCACAUAGAGAAGGUGCCAAAGCUAGAACUGGAUUCAAAAUCAUUCUUCCUACCACACCAUCAUAUCACACAAGAAUCUAGUCAAACCACCAAAUUAAGAGUUGUAUUUGAUGGUUCUGCUAAAACAACAUCAUCAUUAUCACUAAACGAUUUACUAAUGGUGGGUCCGACGUUACAAAAGGAUUUGUUUGACUUAAUAAUUCGUUUCCGAACAUUCAAAUAUGUUUUAUCAGCAGAUAUUACAAAAAUGUAUCGCAUGAUCAAAAUUCACAAAGAUGAUCAAGACAUGCAAAGAAUACUGUGGAGGAAAUCGUCUAAAGAUGAACUUGAAGAAUAUAGAUUAACCACAGUAACAUAUGGUACAGCAUCAGCACCAUAUCUAGCAAUCAAAGCACUUAGAAGUCUAGCCAAAGAUGAAAGUAAAAAUAUGCCAGACGUGGGGCAGGUUUUAUUAAACGACUUUUACGUCGACGAUUUGCUCACCGGGGGAAAUUCACAUGAAGAGCUAUUAGCUACAAGAGAUCGGUUAAUAGCCGUCUUGGUGAGAGGCGGGUUUCAAUUGAAUAAAUGGUGUUCAAAUCAUCCGUCAAUAUUGCAGGGUCUCUCACCAGCUGGUCAGCUCAACACAAAUAAACCAAUUAUAAAUGAUAAUAUAAUCAAAACUCUUGGUGUACAAUGGGAUUCUAAGCGUGAUCAGUUGCUGUAUAAAGUAAAUAUUGAAACCCCGAAAAAACCAACUAAAAGAACCAUAUUAUCACAAAUUGCAAAACUGUACGACCCACUUGGACUAUUAGGACCAGUGGUCCUAAAAGCAAAAAGCAUUAUGCAGAGUAUGUGGGCCUUAAAACUUUCUUGGGAUGAACCGAUACCAGAGGAACUUGAAUCACAGUGGAAUCAUUAUACCAAGCAAUUGAGUCAGCUAGAAACCAUAUCAACUCCUCGGUACAUACUAAAUGUAAAUACUCAGUUCAAUUGUUCUAUUGCUGAGAUACAUGCAUUUUGUGACGCAUCCAAAAAUGGCUAUGGUGCAUGUUUAUAUAUCCGACACCAAACGCAUGAUGGCAAGAUCGAAGUCCAAUUAUUAUGUUCAAAGGCUCGGGUUUCUCCAUUUAAAACUAUAUCCAUUCCAAGAUUAGAGCUAUGUGGUAUGUUAGUGCUCGCACGCCUUGCUAAUCGAAUCCGAACAAAUUUGGCGAUCCCACCAGAACAGUGUCAUUUUUGGAGUGACUCUACAGUGGCACUUAGUUGGAUUGCAUUACCACCUACUCAACAAGAAACAUAUAUAGCAAACCGAAUCACAGAAAUUCAACAGUUAGCACAGCACGCUAACUGGUAUCAUAUUAAUACGAGACAAAAUCCAGCAGAUUUAAUUUCACAUGGUGCCUUUCCUAGUCAAUUGAUUGAAUCAAAUCUAUGGUGGCAUGGACCAGAAUGGCUUUCACAAGAACCAGGUCACUGGCCGACAAACUUACACGUGCAUCAAGCACCUACUGUAUUAGUUACGCAACAAAAUCCAGUAGAACAGUCAUGGCUACACAAGUAUUCCUCCUUUGAGAAGUUAACAAGAAUUGUAGCAUUUUGUCUACGUUUCAAAACCAAAUGCUCGAAAUCGAAAUAUAUUACGAUCUUUGAAUACCAAUAUGCAUCAAAGGCUAUUCUUAAAUUCGUACAAAGAGAACGAUAUGGCAAUGAAAUCAAAGACGUACAAAAUGGUCACCAAGUGAAGAAAACAAGUACACUAAGGCAUCUCGAUCCCUUCCUCGACAGCGAUGGUCUUCUUCGAGUGAAAGGGCAUGUAAGCAAUCUCAUAUUUGAAUAUCAUCACAAAGUGUUGCUUCACAGUGGUGCUCAAACUAUACUAACAGUUAUACGGUUAACUUAUUGGCCAAUCAAUGGAUUGACAAUCGCAAAACAAACAUACCGAAAGUGCAUAAAGUGUGCAAAAGUUACCCCACGGCCAUAUACACCAUACAUGGGAAACUUGCCAGCACAACGUAUAACACCGUCACGUCCAUUCACAAUUGUUGGGAUAGAUUUCGCCGGACCAUACUUUGCAAAGGAACAAUUGAGACGCAAAAUCCAACCGCGUAAAGUGUAUCUAGCGUUAUUUAUCUGUUUUGCCACAAAGGCAGUACAUCUAGAAAUGGUCACUGAUUUGACGACAGCUGCUUUUAUAGCUGCGUUCAACCGAUUCUCUAGUCGCAGAGGGUGCCCCACAGAAAUCCAUAGUGACAACGGUAGAAAUUUUGUCGGUGCGCAUAACGAAAUGAUGAAAUUCACACAUACUCCAACAUUUCAAAAUGAAAUCAAUCACAUUAUAACGUGGAAAUUUAUACCUCCAGUCAGCCCACACUUUGGAGGGAUUUGGGAAGCUUCGAUAAAAUCAGCUAAGACACUAAUCAAACGCGUUAUUGGAUUAACUAUAUUAACGGUUGAAGAACUACAAUCAUUGUUCGCACGGGUUGAAGCAUGUCUAAACUCCAGACCGCUAACGUCAAUCUCUUCAGAUGAAAGUACUCCAUUAAUCUUAACACCUGGUCAUUUUCUCAUCGGUGCACCUAUCACAGCUCCACCAGAAACCAAUUACGGACCUAACACAAUGAUACACCAUCCAAAAAAUCGAUGGGAACAUUUGCAAUUGAUGAUAUAUUACUUCUGGAAAACAUGGUCACAGCAAUACUUACAUUCACUCCAAACCAGGCAAAAAUGGAAUAGCCACACCUCCAAUCCAAAGCCGGGAGACAUUGUACUAAUAAUGGGCAACAAUUCUCCACCACUAAGCUGGAAAAUGGGUAGUAUAAAAACCUUACACCCAGGCAACGAUGGAGUGGUUUGCGUAGCCACAAUUCAAACCACAAACUCACUGCUCAAACGUUCCCUUACAAAAUUAUGCCCACUCCCAAUUUCUUCUCCUCCUGAAGUCCUCACUCCUUCAGGCCCGGCACCAUGUUUAGUAAAUCCUGAAUGUAUGUAA